GUUUGAACUGCGGAGCCUCUGGGAGCCGUUGCCAUGCAGAGCUUGUCCAUUUUUCACGCCGGCUCAGAUGGGCUCAGGCCCGCAACCUCCGACCUGGGCUCCGCCUCUGCAGAACUUCUUCGCAUGAAGGCGUUGCAUGAGGCAGAGCUGAAAUCCAUCAUGACGUCCAUGGAGGAAAAUGCGGUGAGACGCAGAGAGCAGGGCAAUAUGGCAAUGGAAAAGGGAGAAUUUCGACAUGCUGUCAAAGAGUACAGCCAUGCGUUGGAUCAUGCCCGUGACAUGGUGGACUUCCUUGAGGUGGAAAAGUCUCCAGCUAUGAAUGGCUAUCAACUGCGAGCAUUGGCCCGUGGAAUGCCUCUCCCACAGCGCGGCCCCAAAGCAUUGCAGCCCUUUCGGGCCAUCGCAUUUGCCAGUCGUGCCUUAGCCUAUUUACGAUUGGAUGCCUAUGCUGAGGCGGCCGAGGACGCGAAAGCAGCGUGUGAAUUGGAGCCAAGAUAUUUGAAGGCCUGGAUCCGUCGUGCGUGCGCUCUGGCGGCGAUGAAUCGUCGGGAAGAGGCUCAGGAUGUUUUGAAAGAGGCCUUGGAGAAAGCCUGCAACACCGAUCUUCUGCGUGAACAGGUCUGCAAACUGCUGGUGAAUCUGCACAACUUGGUGAAUGUUGUGGUGAAGCCACCAGAGAAGGACUUGCCUGUGAUCUACAAGGAUUCUGAAAGGCCCAAGAAGAAAAAGACCUGGCGCGAGGUCAUAGCCGUUCCUGUGGCAGGGCCCAAUGGUGAUGCCACAGUAUCGGUGCCACG